AUGAUAGAAAAUAACUCGGAAGGUCAAAGCGCCGUUCUCUGCGCUACUCAGAAUCUAAGACACUUCUUCCAACUACUUCUACAAUCAGUAAUUCAACCUACAGAUUAUGAUGCUACAAUACCUGAAUAUAUGGUAUUGCAAAACAAAACAGUCAAGUGUUUCAUUGAUACGCUUUUGCACGGUGUCCGUGAAAGCCGCGGCGACGCGAACGAUUUUAACAAAAUUGAACGAGCAUGGAACUGGAACGAACGAAUACACGAACCAAUGUUUUUCGGAGGUGCAGCAAGACCUCUCUUCUCAGAAACAGUAACCAAUUUCUCGGAUUUACUCACAAAUUUUUUUAACAAAAACGACCCACUCUACGUGAAAAACCGAAGCAAACUGUUCAAUGCUCUUCACCGAUUGGUACGCGAAGAAGGCAAAAAAUAUUGGAAGAAUUACGAACUUUAUCCCUCAACAGCAUCGAAAGAUGUACUUAAUCAAUGUUAUCAGUAUUUCUACUUUCGUGACAGAGAUAACACAUAUUUUAUCAACAGCAGUGGCUGCGAUUAUAUUCCGUUUGUGCAUUUAGCACAAAAAAUCUUUCAUGAAAACUUUAUUGGUUCAUCUAUGACGGAUCCCGAUGACUUUAAUACAGAAUGGAUUUUAGCGAGGCUGGUACAAGAAUGCAGAAAUGUAUGUAACAGGAUGAGAAGUUCUAAUCCGUUGAUCCUUAUCCUACUUACGUCGAAGAAUCGUUUCGGUGCACGAAUUGAUGUAGAUCGAAUACAUCAACAAUUGCAUCAACAUUUCCCCAAUAAGAUAGUGACAUUGAUCGACGCUUGUCAAGAUGGGCAAUCAUUUCAUAAUGUGGAUAUCAUCAUUUACAGCAAGCGUUUUACCACUACUGGUGCGAUAGGUCUAGUUCACAAGCGGUUAUCAAAAGAACACAAUGAACUUCAAAAGAACUUGACGUUGGGAACGAGCUUUCCUGUCAGUAUUCUAGCCCAGUUAUAUUGCACCAUUAAUAUGAUGAACACACAUCUUGCGUUUGGCAUUGAAGAUUUAGUAAAUUCGGCGAAUUGGCAUAAUUAUAUCUCACCAGUACUGAGUGAGCUUCAAUCCGCCCUUGGCCCCUACCACCAACAAGAAAAUUCAUCGUCCUCAAUCAAAAUUUUAGGGAAGAACGGCGUACAAUUCGAAUUCACAGAGGACGAAACUGGUACGAUUGCUACAAUCAGAUUGCUUGGCCGGAGCAAGGAAGACGAUACAUUAUCUCGUCUUAUGUCUGAACUGAAAAAUCAAGGUCAUACACUGGAUUCAUUUCUUUUAAAUGACCCAUUGAUGAACAGCCCAAACAAGAUCGAUAUUAAACAAGUGACGGAAUUGAUCAACAACAAAGAUCUUGCUCAACUACGUGCGAUCGAAGCUCGAUGUAGUGUACAUUUAGCUUGGCCUUUAGUACCAUUUUCAGCCGCUAAAUCGACUGAUAAUUUAAUUACUCUCGAGCAUUUCGAUCGGUGCCGUUUAUAUCAUUGUUGUUUGCGCAUUUCGAUUGAUCGGUCUGGAUAUCCUGGGAAGCUGAAGCGACUUGUCGAUAUUGUCCAGCAGACUUUGGACAGCAAUGAGGUGACAGACGCGAUUAAGGACUCAAAAAACUUUCAACCCUAUUCAUCUGAGUGGCCGGCAAGAGACUAA